AGGAGUUGAAGGAGGCAGCUAAUAAUUAGCCAAAUUAUCAGAGAGAAUUAUAUUAUAAAGUAUUAAUUAAAGUGUUAAAAAAAGAGAGAAAAUGGGAAGAUCUCCUUGUUGUGAUGAGAAUGGUUUAAAGAAAGGUCCAUGGACUCCAGAAGAAGAUCAAAAACUCACCAAUCAUAUCAAUAAACAUGGACAUGGUAGUUGGAGAGCCCUCCCUAAACUUGCAGGUCUUAAUAGAUGUGGAAAGAGUUGCAGAUUAAGGUGGAGUAAUUAUCUGAGACCAGAUAUUAAAAGAGGAAAGUUUUCUCAAGAAGAGGAACAAACAAUUCUCAAUCUCCAUGCUGUCUUAGGAAACAAGUGGUCAGCAAUUGCAACUCAUCUACCGGGGCGAACUGACAAUGAAAUCAAGAAUUUUUGGAACACUCAUUUGAAGAAGAAGCUAAUACAAAUGGGAUAUGAUCCAAUGACUCAUAGACCUAGAACUGAUAUAUUUGAUAGCUUGCAACAUCUCAUAGCUUUGGUAAAUUUGAAGGAACUAAUUGAAAGUCACUCAUGGGAAGAACAAGCUAUGAGACUUCAUUACUUGCAAAAUCUUCUACAACAACCUCACAACAAUAUGAGUACUUUAAGUGGUAUCCAAAAUGUGGAAGCUUAUAAUCUUUUAAAUUCUUUAGGAGAUAGUCAAUUCUUAAGCACUAAUAAUAAUAAUUUGGGAAAUCAUAUAGUUCAACAAAUUCCUUCAAGUCUUGAUCAACCUAUAAUUCAAGAUUCAAUCUCUUUUUCCCAUUUGCCUGAAUUACACACCCCUAGUAGUUUCCAAACUUCUUUAAACAAAGAUAGGGUUCGAACUGAAGACACUGAGUUUAGGAUUAUGAGCCAAGGAGAAACUUCACCGGCUUCUCCAUGGCUCCCUUCUUUAUCUCCUCCACCGCCUCCUCAAGUCAUGAAUGAUCAGAGAAGUAAAGAAAAUUCAUCAGAAGUGGUGAUUUCGUCUGGCUUGUCAGGAGAGAGCAAAAAUUCGAAUCAUCUUUUUCUGCCAGAUAAUAAGCAGUCACUCAAUAAUAUUGAAGAAGCUCCACCUUCUAUUUGGUCCGACCUACUUGAAGACUCUUUUUUCCAAGACAUUGAUAAGUUUUAAAAACUAAUAGAUCCCUUGAAAUUUCAACUUAUUUUUCCAGAUAGCGAAUGAUCACUCAACAAGGAGUUUCACUUUUAUCUCUGGCUUGGCGUUCUACUUAGCAUGAAGAAUCAUUUUUCCAAGAUAUUGCAAAUUUUUAAAAGAUGUGUAAGUUGCUUGGAGUUUUAACUUUCACAAAACUUUUCUUUUUUCUUUCAUUUUUCUCUUCAAGUUUAAUUACUAAUUUGCCUUCAUUUUGUUUUCCUUAGAAAUAGUUAUUUACAUUUUCGACUAGUAUGGUGAAUCAAUGAAUAAAGCACAAGUUCAAAGAUUAGCAUAUAAACUUGUAAUUUUCAAUUACUUUGCCCUUCAUCAUUUUUUCCUUGUUCUUAUUUUCUUGCACAUUUAUAUUCAAUUGAAAGUAACAUUUUUGUCAUAUAUUCUUCCUAAGUUGAAU